UUUUUGCGGUGACAGCAAAGCGGCACACGCCAUGUUCAGUGGAAACAAAAGGGCCAAGUUUCCACUGAUUGGUUGCCGGGUAAAGAAAUAACAUCGCUGGUUAGUUAGCUAAAUUUGAUGAAAAAUGAUAAAACGAGUAUGAGAAGGGUUUCUUUUUUGGGGGCGGGGGGCUGAUUGGAAAAUUGCUGGAAGUUGUUACAAUGCCCUUUCCGUCUACAAACCAGGUGUUGUUGGGUCGGGAAACACCCAAGCACUAUGGGAUCACUUCUCCUAUCAGCCUGGCCCAAGCCAAGGAGGCUGACCUGGUCCUCACACACAGGCUGACUGAGGCCCUGAAACCAUACGGGGUGUUUGAAGAGGAGCUGGAACUACAGCGCAGAAUACAUGUGUUGGGAAAACUGAACACACUGGUGAAGGAAUGGAUCCGUGACGUCAGUGAGACAAAGAAUCUGCCUGCCUCAGUGAUUGAAACGGUUGGAGGGAAGAUCUUCACAUUUGGGUCCUACAGGUUAGGAGUCCACACUAAAGGUGCUGACAUUGAUGCCCUGUGUGUGGCUCCUCGGCAUGUGGAGAGAACAGACUUCUUCUCCUCGUUCCUGGACAAGCUGAAGGAGCAGGAGGAGGUCAAAGAUUUGAGGGCUGUUGAGGAGGCAUUUGUCCCCGUGAUAAAGCUGUCUUUCGACAGCAUUGAGAUCGAUAUCCUGUUUGCUCGGUUAGCGUUGCAAACCAUCCCAGAGAAUCUGGACCUCCGAGAUGACGGGCUGCUGAAGAACCUUGACAUCCGCUGCAUUAGGAGUCUCAAUGGUUGUAGAGUUACAGAUGAAAUCCUCCAUCUUGUGCCCAACAUUGAGAACUUCAGACUGACACUGAGGACCAUCAAGCUGUGGGCUAAACGUCAUAACAUCUACAGUAAUAUCCUGGGCUUCCUGGGUGGUGUCUCCUGGGCCAUGCUGGUAGCCAGGACCUGCCAGCUCUACCCCAACGCCGUGGCCUCCACCCUCGUACACAAGUUCUUCCUCGUCUUCUCCAAAUGGGAAUGGCCCAACCCUGUUCUCCUGAAGCAGCCAGAGGACUGCAACAUGAACCUGCCAGUCUGGGACCCCAGGGUGACCCCCAGUGACCGGUACCACCUGAUGCCCAUCAUCACACCAGCCUACCCUCAGCAGAACUCUACCUACAACGUCUCUGCCUCUACGCGUGCCGUCAUGGUGGACGAGUUCAAACAGGGUCUGGCCAUCACAGAUGAAAUUUUGCAGAGUAAAGCAGAGUGGUCCAAACUAUUUGAAGCACCAAACUUCUUUCAGAAAUACAAGCAUUAUAUUGUGUUGCUAGCAAGCGCCCCCACCGAGAAGCAGCACCUGGAGUGGGUUGGUCUGGUUGAGUCUAAGAUCAGGAUCUUAGUAGGAAACCUGGAGAAGAAUGAGUUCAUAACGUUGGCCCAUGUCAACCCCCAGUCAUUCCCUGGACCCAAGGAAAGCAGGGAGAAAGAGGAGGUCAGCACCAUGUGGGUGAUAGGGGUUAUCUUUAAGAAGAUGGAGGCAUCAGAGAACCUCAACGUUGACCUGACCAUUGACAUCCAGUCCUUUACUGACACGGUGUACCGGCAGGCGAUGAACAGCAAGAUGUUUGAGGCGGACAUGAAGAUCCAGGCCAUGCAUGUGAAGAGGAGACAACUUCACCAGCUACUGCCUGACCUGGUCAUGCCCAAACGCAGGAAGCACUCGACAGAGGGGCUUCGUCAGAUGAAUGACAGCAGUCUGGACCUAUCGUUAGACAGUGACAACAGUAUGUCUGUGCCAUCCCCCACGGCCAUGCCAGCCACUGUACCCACGUCAACCCCAGUGAAGUGUGGCCCACUAGGUCCCCCUCCAAGUCCCCUUGCGGCUGCAGCCGGCCAGCCUGAGGCCCCAGCUGUGAAGAGACCUGGCUCCCCUAUGCAGGAAGAGAGGAAGCGGUUCAAAUCAGAUGCUGAGGAUUCAGCUGUUGAGAAAAAGCCUUCAGGAGACACAGUCCCCACAAGCCUGACCCCCUCUCCUCCGCCCACCAUGGGCCCCCCAGCGGCCCCCCGCACCUCUCGCCAGGAGAUGCUGGAGGAGGAGGACCCCUCCCCAGUCCCAGAGACUAGGACAACAGAGAAUGGGGCAGCUGCCGGAGAGGAGUGCACCACUGUGGAGGCACAGGUCAAUGAGGACAGUAUGUCCGAGGAGAUGCCUGCUUCUGAAGGGGAAGGCAAGAUGGAGGCAGAUAUUAAGCGAAUGGUCAGUGCGGAUCUGUCUGAUGUGCCCCUCCUGCCAGCCAACCCAAUUCCAGUGGUGAAGAACUCUAUAAAGCUUCGCCUCAGCAGGUAGGAGAGAGGACAGACAGACGCAUCUACUCGCCUCCCAGGCCCCCGGCCCCUAUACCCUGAACUCUACUGUGGGUGUCCUAAGACAUUCUCAGUCCUCUGCCACGGAAUGCCCACAGUGCUGCAGAUAAAGACACAGACCGACAACACAGGCGACUAGACAGACCGUCAUCUCUUUUCAACCAGGGACAUUGUCAGUUGACACGAAGGACGUAGCUGCAACUGUCUCCACAAGAGGGCGAUGUUGCUCUUCUGCUGAAUUCUCCUAGGUGGCUUCCAACCUAUACCUUACUGGUUAAAGGGUAGAAGUUGUCCCAUAGACACAGAUCUAGGAUCAGCACACCUCCCCUGAGUCUUAGUAAAACACAAAACGGACCCUAGAUCAACAUGUCGGCAUCUUCAUCCUACUCCUUCCAGAGCUGCUGGUUACCAGGAAUAAACAACGUGACAUAAAGAUGUCAUCUUUCCUGUGCAUGCAGACGUGUGUGCUGUGCGUGGACGUGGAUGCUCAUUGGUUCGUUCUCUUCUUCUCUCCUCAUUGUGUUGUCCAGAGAACAGAUGAUGACGGAACAAGGUUCUGUUGACUAAUGAUUUUGGGAUUUCUUUGUCCCAGUGGUUUACUGUGUGUGUGUUUGUGUGAGUGAAGUACCUUGGUAUGAUGUCAAAACGUACUUUGAGUAAUAAAGAAGAGCAGAACUGAAAAUGAAGAUCUCUUCCUGUUACCGUUGUGAUAUACCGAAGUGUGUAACAGGUGACAGGUUACGGCUGCGCCAAAGGUAGUACACUAUAAAGGGAAUUGGGUGCCAUUUGGGACGCCCAAAGCUAAUCACUGUCAGUCAACUGUUGGGAUGUGAGGUGGCCUUUGGGGUUGUAAGGAGAUGUAUAGAAAAUGGUAUGAGGGUGUUUGGGAUGCAUCAAAAAGACAUGGACACAGUCAGACACAUGCAGCCAACGCUUGCUAAAGGAACUAGCUCAGGUUCGAGUACAUACACAACACAACACAGAAUAGCUUAGUCUCUUCAGGAUAGUUUAGUGUUUUUAUUACGGUAGUCGUAUGUACAGGUUACACAUGGAAAACAUCGUCUGACGAAAUGCUAACUGGUUCCUUCUGGACAAUGCAACAAUAAUAAGACCUAAUAAAAUAUAACAAUAGGAACAUGAAGUAGAUGUCACAGUAGAAUAGAAUAAACCUUUUAGUAUAAUAACAAGAAGUCACAAUAUUUGGACGGGGUAGAAUAGUCAAUAGUGAUACAGGUCUAUCGUCUAGAGAUGACAGGGAGUUAAGAGUUGAGUUCUACAGGAAUGUUCAGAUUAUAUCAGAGGAAAAUAUGGUUUUAGAGGGCUAUGGCUGGCAUGUUGAGUGGAGAAGUGGUCUGGUGUCUUGAGUAGACCAUUUAGUUAUAUAUAUGCAUAGACUUUGAAUGAAUAGAGCGGGUGUAGUACCUCUGACUAUUCUAUUCAUUUGGAUUCUAUGUAUACAUGCAUUGUACAGUAACUGUUAGUCUCAUGUACCAAAAACAUGAAAAUGAUGAAAAACAAUGCUUUUUCUUUUGCGUGGAACAUGUAAGACUUGAGCUUUCGCAUUGUUGGACUAUUUGAAUAGAAAUAUAAUUACUCAACUAUCACGCAGAAGGUUAAGAGCACAAAUAUUCUUUGUUGGCUAUUAAUUUCUGAUUUACUAGGUCAUAACAUAAUUGGAAUUUGCCAGAAUAGUUGACGGGUUGAAUACUCGAUAGUAUUGUUAGAGGACGACAGUUAUUUUUGGUUUCACUGUUUUUUUUUUGUUGAAAAGUUUUAAAACGAUGUGUACUGAAUUUUCACUUACUCAAUAUUUUGUUGAUGUCUUAACAAAAUGUAGCUUUUGUCUCGGUUGUUUUGUGCUAAUUGUGUGGGACUCGUAUGUUAACGACGAAUCUGAAUUUAGACCGCUGUCAACCUAGGGUGCGUUAAUCUACAUGAAUGGAUCAUUUCCUUCAAUGACAAAACAUUAUUUCCCGUUCUUACAAUGCUCUUUUUCAGUUCAAAAUUGUUUCUUAGGUGUAUUUGUAAGGAUGAGGUAUUGUACUUUUUUUCCCCCCCUCAAAAAUAAAGCUCUACGUUGCAAAGA